AUGGAGCUGUCCGAGGUGCGCUGCUCGAGCGCCAGCGAGGAGCUGUACACCAUCAACAGCGGCGGCGGCGGCAGCAGCGCGCGACCCAAGCGCCUGCUGUGGCAGACCGCCGUGCGCCACAUCACCGAGCAGCGCUUCAUCCACGAGCAGGGCGGGGGAGGCGGGGCGGCGAGGGGCCCGGACCAGCAGUACGAGCCCGGCUCGGGCGCGCGGAAGCAGUCCGCGGGGCGGACGUCGGUCGGGGACCGGCACAACAACGGCGGGACCAAAGUGUUCCCGGAGCGCGCCAGCAGCGACCUGGGCUUCCUGCAGCUCGACUGCGCGCCGAGCAACUCGGACUUCUUCCUGAACUGGGGCUACACCUACCGGGGGGUCAUCUUCCCCACCCUGCGCAACGCCUUCAAGUCGCGCGACUUGGAGCAGCUGUACCAGCGCUACUUCCUGGGCCAGAGGCGCAAAUCCGUGGUGGUGAUGAACAUCCUGGACGUGGUGACCAAGCUCACCCUGCUGGUGCUCCACCUGACGCUGGCCUCCUCCCCCAUGGACCCCAUCAAGGGGACGCUGCUGGGCUUCUUCACGGGCAUCGAGGUCGUCAUUUGUGCCUUAGUGGUGGUGCGGAAGGACACCACGUCGCACAGCUACCUGCAGUACAGCGGCGUGGUGACCUGGGUGGCCAUGGCCACGCAGAUCCUGGCGGCCGGGCUGGGCUACGGGCUGCUGGGGGACGGGGUGGGCUACGUGCUCUUCACCCUGUUCGCCACCUACAACAUGCUGCCGCUGCCGCUCACCUGGGCCAUCGUGGCCGGCCUCCUGACCUCGGGGCUCCACGUCCUGGUGCAGCUGCUCAUCUCCCAGAGCGCGAAGCUCUCCACCAACCAGGUAGCGGCUCAGGCGGUCCUGUUCCUGUGCAUGAACACUGCUGGAAUAUUUAUCAGUUACUUGUCUGACCGCGCUCAGCGGCAGGCCUUCCUCGAGACGCGCCGCUGCAUCGAAGCUCGCCUGCGGCUGGAGACGGAGAACCAGCGGCAGGAGCGGCUGGUGCUGUCUGUGCUCCCACGUUUUGUAGUUUUGGAAAUGAUCAACGACAUGACAAAUGUAGAGGACGAACACCUCCAGCAUCAGUUCCACAGAAUCUACAUCCACCGCUACGAGAAUGUCAGCAUUCUUUUCGCAGAUGUCAAAGGCUUCACCAACCUCUCCACAACGCUGUCGGCGCAGGAGCUGGUGCGAAUGUUGAACGAGCUCUUUGCACGCUUCGACCGCCUCGCACACGAGCAUCACUGUCUGAGAAUAAAGAUCCUGGGAGACUGUUACUACUGCGUAUCGGGUCUGCCGGAGCCCAGACCCGACCACGCCCACUGCUGCGUGGAGAUGGGCCUCAGCAUGAUCAAAACCAUCAGAUAUGUUCGAUCUCGCACGAAACACGACAUCGACAUGCGCAUUGGGAUCCACUCGGGCUCGGUGCUGUGCGGUGUUUUGGGACUCAGGAAAUGGCAGUUUGACGUCUGGUCUUGGGACGUUGACAUCGCUAACAAGCUGGAGUCUGGCGGCAUCCCCGGGAGGAUCCACAUCUCCAAAGCAGCUUUGGACUGCCUGAACGGAGACUACGAGGUGGAGGAAGGUCACGGGAAGGACCGCAACGACUUCCUCCGCCGCCACAACAUCGAAACCUACCUGAUCAAGCAGCCUGAGGAGAGCAUGCUCACGCUGCCGGAGGACAUCAUGAAAGAGGCGGCGAGCUCGGCCGACCGGCGGGCUAGCAGCGCCACCUUCAACGAGGCUUCCUGGAGUCCCGAGCUCCCCUUCGACAACAUCGUGGGGAAGCAGAAUACUCUGGCUGCCCUAACGAGAAAUUCGAUAAAUCUGCUUCCAAACCAUCUCGCACAAGCUUUGCAUGUCCACUCUGGUCCUGAGGAAAUUAACAAGCGAAUAGAGAGCGCCAUCGACUUACGGAGUGGCGAUAAGUUGAGAAGAGAGCAUAUCAAGCCUUUCUCACUGAUGUUUAAAGACUCCAGCCUGGAAGAGAAGUACUCGCAGAUGCGGGAUGAGGUUUUCAAGUCCAACCUGGUCUGCUCCUUCAUUGUCCUCAUCUACAUCACAACCAUUCAAAGCCUGCUUCCCUCUGCCAGCAUGGUUACCAUGGUGAUCCAGUUUUCCAUCCUCAUCGUCCUCCAUUCCUGCUUGAUCCUAGUUACAACGGCAGAGGACUACAAGUGUCUGCCACUGGUCUUAAGAAAAGCCUGCUGCUGGAUAAACGAGACCUACGCAGCUCGGAACGUCAUCAUCUUUGUCUCAAUUCUCAUCAACUUCCUGGCAGCCAUGAUCAAUAUUCUGUGGUGUGACUUCGAUAAGCCCAGCAACUUCAGAAACCAGACAUACAAUGAGUCUGCCUCCAUCCCAGACAUCUGCUUCUACCCAGAGUAUUUUGUGUUCACAGGAGUGCUGGCGAUGAUCACGUGCGCCGUGUUCCUGCGGCUGAACUCUGUGCUGAAGCUAGCCGUGCUGCUGCUGAUGAUCGCCAUCUACUCGCUGCUGACAGAGGCUUUUUACACCCCGCUGUUCGUCCGCUACGACACUGUCCACCACAACACAGAAAACUUCCUGGGAACCAAAGAGACGUCCUUGCUUCUGAUGGCCAUGUUCCUCCUCGCCGUGUUUUAUCACGGCCAGCAGCUGGAGUACACGGCACGCCUGGACUUCCUGUGGCGGGUCCAGGCCAAAGAGGAGAUCAACGAGAUGAAGGAGCUGCGAGAGCACAACGAGAACAUGCUGAGGAACAUCUUACCCAGCCACGUGGCCCGGCACUUCCUGGAGAAGGACCGGGACAAUGAGGAGCUGUACUCCCAGUCGUACGACGCCGUGGGCGUGAUGUUCGCCUCCAUCCCGGGAUUCGCAGACUUCUACUCCCAGACCGAGAUGAACAACCAGGGGGUGGAGUGCCUGCGGCUCCUGAACGAAAUCAUCGCCGACUUUGACGAGUUGCUGGGUGAGGACCGUUUUCAGGACAUCGAGAAGAUCAAGACAAUUGGCAGCACCUAUAUGGCCGUCUCUGGUCUGUCACCUGAGAAGCAGCAGUGUGAAGACAAAUGGGGUCACCUGUGCGCGCUGGCGGACUUCGCCAUCGCCCUCAACGAGAGCAUCCAGGAGAUUAACAAGCACUCCUUCAACAACUUUGAGCUGAGGAUCGGAAUGGCUCAUGGUUCCGUGGUGGCUGGCGUGAUCGGAGCCAAGAAACCUCAGUACGACAUCUGGGGGAAAACGGUGAACCUGGCCAGCCGCAUGGACAGCACAGGCGUUAGCGGCAAGAUCCAGGUCCCCGAGGAGACCUACCUGAUCCUGAAAGACCGCGGUUUCGCCUUCGAGUACCGCGGCGAGAUCUACGUGAAGGGCAUCAGCGAACAGGAGGGCAAAAUACGGACACACUACCUGCUGGGCCGGGUUCAGCCCAACCCGCUCAUCCUGCAGCCGCGGAAAAUCACAGGGCAGUACUCACUGGCGGCCGUGGUGCUCGGCCUGGUGCAGUCACUCAACCGGCAGAAGCAGAAGCAGAUUCUCAAUGAGAACAACAACUCGGGCAUCAUGAAGGGCCACCACCACUACAACCGGAGGACGUUGUUAGCGCCCGGUAGCUCAGAGGUGGGAGGGGGUCAUCACACUGAAAGCACUGAUAAGACUGAGCUGUCCUGAGGAGGGAGGUCUUUGGUUCUUGGAGCCAGAGCGGGUUUUCAGGCAGAAGUGGUCUUACUGGUUGAGUUAAACCUAAAUGGAUGAUGUAAUCGUCUGGGUUUAUUCCCUCAAUGUUCUUUUGUCCUGUAGAAAGCUUUACUUUUCCACAUGGUAAGCCUCAAAUGAGUUAAAACUCUUCAUUCAGUAGAACUUUGACAGCACAAGGGCAACAAGCUUUCCAAAGGAGCUACUGAAGAUGCUCACAGUGGUCCGGACCAAUGCAAAUAUGAAACCAAACCCUGUAAUGCAUCGAAAUGUUCUGUUUUAUGAAGGUUUAGCCCCAUUUUUAUUCUUACAAUAAGCUUGUGGAGCCUUUGAUCUUAAACUCCACCUUGGAAAAGGUUAGGUUGGGUCAAACAACACAAGAAAGUGUCUUGUCAAUGAGUCUGUGCAGGAGCAGACAAAAUGAAGGAUGAGGUGCCACACAUGGUAUCAUCCAAUGACUUCCUGAACUAAAAAUGAACACAAUAUUUGGGUUAACCAUUGAACCAUUACAGCUGGAGCAUAAACAUGUAAAACAUAGAUAAACUCUAAGGUCGCUUUCAUCUUUGCCAAACUCGUACCAAAAGUAGGAAAAUUGGUGAACAAACCAGAAUGGAAGAUUUUUUAAUGUCUUUCUAGAGAUGACCAAACAUGUCAUUGAUAAGGCCACACCCCCAUUUGAGUGCAUUUCUGCUACAUGAUACAAUGAUGUUUAUUAAGCUCCGCCCACAGAACAGAUGUCAGGUAUAAUGGAUUGAACCACACUUGUAGAAGAAGGUUGAGAAGUUUAGCAACAAGUCCUCUUACGUUGGAGGUGACCUAAUAAACUGAUCUGGCUCUUGAUAAUACAUUUGAUGUUAAAAUAGUCAUUAACCCUUUAACGCCGGUAAUGCCUAAACACAAAAUCAUUAGCAUACUGUAAUUUUAAAAAGUUAACGCGAUCCACGUGAUUCCAGUAGAUUCCAGUAAAUUGCGCCGCUUUUCUCCUUCAGAAUCUACUGGAAUGACAUUGAUUGCGUUAACGUUUAAAACUUACGGUAAAUCAAAGAACAUAAACACUUAAGAUCCAGUGUCAAAGGGUUGAAGGGUAACCAAACCGUAAAUGAACUUUUUUUGGCUGUUGAUCUCUAUAAAUGGGGCUUUAAAAGUGCUGUUUGUUGGUCAUUGCCAAAUUUUGGAAAUUUGAAAUAAAACUGUUUAAU